AUGGCAGCCUAUGGCAAUGCUGCUCCAUACAGAUCAAGGGAGGGUCUUAGCACAAGACCAGCAGCUAGCUCUGAUGAAAUCCAAUUGAGGAUUGAUCCAAUGCAUGCCGAUUUGGAUGAUGAGAUCACUGGUCUCCGAUCCCAAGUGAGAAGAUUGAGAAAUGUAGCGCAAGAUAUAGAGGCGGAAGCAAAAUUCCAGAAUGAAUUUCUCAAUCAACUGCAUAUGACGCUGAUGAAAGGUCAAGCAGGGUUGAAGAACAAUGUCAGGAGAUUGAACAAGAGCAUCGUCCAGAGUGGAGCAAACCACGUUGUCCAUGUAGUGGUUUUUGCGCUAAUUUGUUUCUUUAUGGUAUACCUUUGGUCCAAAAUGUUUAGAUGA